AUGAAUCAAUCCAUACUCUCCCAACAACACGAACCAGUUUCAUCAGCAACAACAACAACGGUCGAAGACUUUGUCAUUCACGAAGACACUCCCAUUGUGUAUGGACCCACAGACGACAUUUUCAACAACAACAGCCAUCACUCCACCAUUGUCGACAAUUCAGUUUCUCAAACCUUCUUCUAUCCACCUUCGCCAAAACCUUUCAACCAUGAAAAGCAACCACAACAACAACCAUCAUUCAUCACUCCUCACGAAACCUCCACCCAACAUGCAAAGAAGAGAAAACUAAGUUCCAUGAUGAUGGCUGUUGCACCCACCUCCUCUUCUUUCGAUGGAUCGGAUCAAGAGAAUAUUCUCAAUCAUUGUAGCAUGACUCACUCAAAGACACGAUUAAGUAUUUCCUCCAACAAUAUCAACAACAACAACAACAACUACAAUAAUACCAACAACAACAAUAACUCGGGCUUUGCAGGUCAUCGUCGAUUAAGCCUUGCUUCAAGAAAGAGUCUCUCACGAAGGGCUUCCAUUUCCUCCAACCUCUCUGUACAAAGUAAUCCUUCAUCCUCUUCUUCUUUGAGUGGAGUCCACUCAGUGCCUAAAAAGAAGUCUUUUGCUUCUUCGUCAAAACCUCCUCUUCCAAGCACCACUACCACCACAACGACCAAUCAUCAUGCCUCGAAAAAGAAUCUUCUCAUGAACUCUUCUAUUGUAAGCACAACAACAUCACCCACAGAAGAACAACAAGUACUCAACACUUCUGCUCAUUCUUCACAAUCUUCUCACUCUUCUUCAGAGGCUGAGAAAAUUGCUCAACAACAACUUGUGCUCUUUCAAGAACAAAUGUUCUUUAUGGAACAAGGAAUUCUGGAACGAGAUCGUAUUCUUGGAGAGUUGCAACAAGAAAAUCAAUAUCUAAGAGAAGCCAUUAAUCAAAUGAACAAUGCAACUCAAGAUGUAUUAAAACAAAAAGCCAUGUUAGAAAAGGAAAAGAAAAAGAAUCCUUUUCUUCUCGAAAAUACAGAGCUCAAGAAGAAACAUGCAAAACUCGAAGAAAAAAUCAAAAAACUCACUGCAGAAAAGUCAGAUCUUUCUAAAUCUUAUCAAAUCUUGGAUAAGGAGGUAAAGGAAUUGAAAAAGAAGAGUAUAAAGUUUGAUGCUCAUCAAGAGAAGAUUAUGAAUCAAAACAAACUUCUGAAAGACAUUGAGAAACUUUCCUCUGACUUGGAGGAUGCCAAAAAGAUGUUAGACACAGAACAGCAGACAGCAAACAAGUACAGAGAACUCUAUGAACAGCUCACAAGAGAAGUCGAAGAAAAGAAGACACAUCUUUCUGCAUUCAUUGUUGAGUAUCAAACAGCAACGAAUCAUGUCAAAAUGCUGGAAGCUACUGUGGAACAGCUUGACGCUCAAAACAAGCAAUUAAUUUCUGAAAUUGACCACAAACAGGCUGACAUUAAUCAAUUAAGUGAAGAGAUGUCGAAGGUACAAGAAAUUUCCUCAAUUUACAAGUCACAACUCGAAGAAAAGACAAUACUCAUUGAGAAUUUGACACGUGAUAUUAAUCAUGUAACUAACAAGCUGGAGAAUACUUUCCAGCAAUUCGAAGAAGCGCAGAAAAGAGUCAAGGAUUUAACGGAGGAACUUGAGGAAGCACAAGACCAACUUCAAUCAGCCAUUCGAGACAAUCAAGAAAAGCAAACCCAAAUUAACAUUUACGAGGAGGAAAUUAAACGGCUCAAGAACAAGGAAGAUGAACUCUCUGCUUUACAAACAGUCUUGAUGAGUGAGAAACAACAAAACUCAGAUCUCAAGGAGUCGAAUCAAAAGCUCAAUUCUCUUGUUGACACUUACAAACUCAAGAAUGACCAAUUAGAAUCCACAGCUCAACAACUCAGACAUGAAAUUCAAGAGUUAAACUUGUCCAUAGAACAAUUAAUCUCCAAACCAGCUCCACAAACCAAUACCUAUGCUCUCGACGAGAAGAUUUCAUCCCUCGAAACAGAAAUUGAUCUUUUAAAGAGUAAGCUCGAGAAGAGUGAAACCAAGAAUAAGAAACACGAAUCCACCAUUGAACAUCUCACCAAGCAAAAUGAAUUCCUUAAAAGCAGUGUUGACGAUUUGAAGUUGUUAAAAGACAAGAUUGAACAAUUAGAGUCAUCCAACUUGCUUCUAAAGAGAGCCAAUGAAAAUUAUCAUUCCAUGAUUUAUGAACAAAAGAGGCCAUCUAAUGUGCAACAACAUGCAGCCAUCACUCAGGAACAAUUAAAUGCACUUUUAGAAACUAUUGAAGAAAGCAAGACAAAGAUUGAACAAUUAACAGAAGAGAAUUUACAAUGUAAGAGUGAAUUGCUGAGAUUUGAACAGGACUUUGCAGAAAUGGAGAAACAUUUGAGAGAGUUGGAAGAUGAGAAACAUGAACUCAUUAAGAAUACGUAUAAUAAGGACGUUCUGAAAUUGGAAAAGGAGAAUCUCGAUUUGAGGAGAUACAAGAAUCUCUAUCUUCAACAACAACAACAACAUUAA